AUGGUGGCCAGAGGGUUGACCUUUAUCUGUCUGCUCACCUGCCUGUUCACGUCCCCCGGCCACGCGGUGGACAUCCUCGACCCCGGGGAAGUGGUGUACGUGGACUCCCGUCUAGACGGGGUGGUGGGCCGAGCCGUGAUCCUGGAGUGCGGAGCCACCUUACCUGACGUCUACAUCUGGGGCUUCACUAAGCCCGGGACGGACGCCAUACGAGCUGUCGUCUACGACUUUGGGAAGGGCCCCAAGAUCCAGCAGCUGGCACAGACUCUGGGAGACUUGCAGGUCAUCUCGAAAAGUGCCUCGGUGAGCAUUGAGAACCUCCAGCUGGCUGCUCGUGGACUGUACACCUGCCAGGCCUUGUACGACACCCCGCAGGGAGCCAAACUCUACUACUACUACACCCAUCUGUUUGUCCUGGUUCCGGUCACCAAGCCCUACAUUUUGGUGAGUGAUGCGUCUCCGGCGGAAGGAUCCUCCGCGUGGCUGCGCUGCGGCCUGGAGAACGGGACCUCGCCCAUUUACUAUGAGUUUGAGCAAGAGACUCACAAUGGAUUUUUCAAGACCUUUGGCCAGGGAAACAGCAGCCGGUUCAACAUGACAGAGAUCAACCGCAACCACACAGGCUGGUACCGGUGUAGCGUCCGCAAUGCGGUCAACCAACAACGAUCCGAUCGCAUCUGGUUAGACAUCAUCUACGGUCCCGACAUCCCUCAGAUCGACGUGACUCCGUACAGCGUGACCGAGCGUGGCUACUCGGCCCUGGAGAGAGAGACGGUCUCCCUGCUCUGUCAGUCCCAGUCCAACCCGCCCAGCCAGUACGUCUGGUUCUACAACAACUCCCAGGUCUACACCGGACCCCAGUUCACCAUCACCAGGAUCCUGCGCAUGCACACCGGCAUCUACGCCUGCCUGGCCCAGAACACUUACCUCAACACCCGCGCACGGAAGACAAUCACUCUGACCGUCUACUACCCUCCCGAUGGUUCCCCUUCCUGCAUCGUGCAGCCAGCGCUCAACUACUCCUCCCUGAGCCUGCAGUGUACCUGGCCAGGGGGCCUGCCACCACCCUCCCUUCGAUGGAGCCCUGGCCUACUGGCCCCUGGACAGGAAGGGGCGGUCCUGGGGCAGGAAGGGGCCGUGCUGACCAAUAACGUCACAAUGUUGCAAUCCGGAGCUAACACCUUCAACAACUCCCUGUUCACCUGCCAAGGCUCUCACCUGGCCCUCAAUCAAAGCACAUACUGCUCAAUACGGACCUUGUGUUUUGCAUACGCGACACGUGACAACCAGCAGCUGAUGCUCUCCUGCUCCUGGGGGGGCGGAGCUCCCCGGGCUCUGCUCUGGUGGGAGGGGCCAGGGGGCCAGCAGCACGGAGGAGGGGAGGAGAACGCCAACAUUCUGGUUCUCCGCUCUGGCUCCGCCCAGAGUGGGCAGGCCUACAUCUGCCGUGGGAAACAUCCACUCCACCCCCUGCCCCAGCCCUGCACGCUGAUGCUGGAAGCUCCAGUGUUGCUGACCCAGAGGAGCAUGGUGUCUGUGUAUGAGGGCAGUGACGUCGAGCUCACCUGCAUCCUGACGGCCAACUACCUUCCAGCCAGUGACAUCACCUGGUUCAACAACCGUAGACAAGAAGUCCGGAACGUUCCUCAAAAGUACCUGAUGCAGCGAGGGGCAGCCUGGGCCAAUCUGACGGUGCGGGAGACCGAUGGUAUCCAAGACAGCGGCCAAUACUGGUGUUCCGCUUCCAAUGCUGUGGGAGGGGCUGAGAUCCCGAUCACUUUAUUGGUCAAGAGGUACCCCAUGCCUCCGAACGUGACUCUGGUCAGACUGGUGUACAGCACUCGUCAGCGCAGCGAGGUGCAAAUAGAGUGGCGAUUAGAGGAAGAAGGACAGAGCGUCAACGAGGGAGCGAGAGACGGAGGGUUCACUAGGUUCAUGCUGGAGCGCAGGAGCGUAGAAGAAGAGGCGACGACCCCGGGGAGGAAGAGGAGUGGAGAGGAGGAGGAGGAGGAGAGAGGGGAGGGAAGGAGCAGUUCUCCCUCCUGGCUGCAGGUGGGGGAGCAGGGGCCAGAUGUGCGAUAUCACACCCUGGGCAACCUCAUUCCCACCCUCACCUACCAGUUCCGCGUCACAGCUGUCAAUCACCGCACUGUGGGACAUCCUUCCCCAGCAAAGACCCCAGCGGACCCUCCCUUCAACGCGUAUCCUGCUGUGAUUGGAGCAGCCAUCGGGGGGAUGAUCCUCGCCGCCAUUGCCACGGUGCUGCUGUUCAUGUUCAUCAUUCGCAACCGUAACAACAAUCCCCGACUACACGACAUGCUGUUCGGCAUGCAGCACAGCCAGUCCAGAGAGAACAUCAACUUUCCUGAAGAUGAGAUCAUGGAGGGAGCUGAAGGAGGUGGUGACCUUGGUCCCUCCCCUGGUCCAGACCCAGUCAUGUCCUCCCCCAGAGCCUCCUCCCCCAGGGCCCAGUCCCCCCUGGGGGUCUCCCCCGCCACCGGCCAGCCUCCUCCCCCCGGAGACGACAACGAACCUGUCAACGUCACCAUCACUGUCAUGGCAACAGGCUCCUAA